GAGAUAGGGCAGGGCAGUAGUUGGUGUCGCAUAUAAAAGACCAAAAAGCAACGCUCUCUGUUUCUCUUCCGUUCUCUAAAGUCGGCUUCUUCUUCUGGCGAUUCCUCACUCCUUCUUUUCUUUGUUUUGAGUUGUUAUAAAAUCAAAUUUGAGGGAGAUAUUGUAUUGAAGUUAAGCUGUUUCUGGUUCUGUUGGCCCCCAUUAUGGCUGUACAUACAAAACCCCGUCUUAUUGCUUACUCAGACGAAAUUGUAGAUGGGCAGUCUAUUUUUGUUUCUUCGAACUGUCUUCCUAUCAAGGCUUUGAAAUAUGAACCUGCUGGUCACGCCUUCCAUUGUGCUGCACUUAAACUUCGUGGUGUUCAGGAGGAUAAUAAAGAUGCUGAUAAUAAAAAAGUGGUUGGUGAAAAGGAACAGACAUAUCUCCCAUCUGAUUCUUAUAGCAGCAAGAGCAAAAAGAAAUCUGGUGAUGGGGACAAGCAGCAAGACCACUAUGCAUUAUUGGGUAUGAGCCAUCUAAGGUAUCUUGCUACAGAGGAUCAAAUACGUAGAAGCUAUCGUGAAACUGCCCUGAGGUUUCAUCCUGACAAACAGGCUGCUCUACUUCUUGCUGAGGAAACUGAAGCUGCAAAGCAGGCAAAGAAGGAUGAAAUAGAAAGCCAUUUUAAGGCAAUACAGGAAGCAUAUGAAGUGUUGAUUGAUCCUGUGAAGAGAAGAAUUUAUGAUUCCACAGAUGAGUUUGACGAUGAGAUUCCGACUGACUGUGCUCCACAAGACUUCUUCAAGGUGUUUGGCCCCGCAUUUAUGAGGAAUGGGCGGUGGUCAGUCAGUCAACCAAUUCCAACACUAGGUGAUGAUAAUACUCCAUUGAAAGAAGUUGAUAAUUUCUACAAUUUUUGGUACUCCUUCAAAAGCUGGAGGGAGUUUCCCCAUACUGAUGAGUUUGAUCUUGAGCAAGCUGAAUCUCGGGACCAUAGGAGGUGGAUGGAAAGGCAGAAUGCAAAACUGUCAGAAAAAGCUAGGAAGGAUGAGUAUGCACGGGUACGCACUCUUGUUGAUAAUGCUUAUAAGAGAGACCCAAGAAUAUUGAGAAGAAAGGAAGAGGAAAAAGCUGAGAAGCAAAGGAAAAAGCAGGCUAGGUUCCUGGCAAAGAAGUUGCAGGAAGAAGAAGCAGUCAGAAUUGCAGAAGAGGAGAAGCGACGAAAAGAGGAGGAAGAUAGACGAGCUGCAGAAGCUGCUUUACAACAGAAGAAGGUGAAGGAGAAAGAGAAAAAGCUCUUGCGAAAGGAGCGAACGCGUCUUCGAAAUCUUUCAGGACCUAUUUUGGCACAGCAUUUACUUGACAUUUCUGAUGAUGGUAUAGAAAGGCUUUGCAUGUCACUGGAUAUUGAGCAGCUGAGGGGUUUGUGUGAGAAAAUGGAGGGCAAAGAGAUGUUAGAGCAAGCAAAAGUUGUAAGAGAUGCACUGAGUUGUAAGGAAGAUUCCGUUGAUGAGAAAGAUGAGAAAAGUAAUCAACAUAAUGGUUCCAUCAAGUCUAAUGGUAGUGCUUCACUAAGCAACAUGGAGAAGAAGGAGAAACCUUGGAAUAAAGAAGAGAUUGAGCUAUUGAGGAAAGGAAUGCUAAAAUAUCCCAAAGGAACUUCACGUAGAUGGGAGGUUAUUUCAGAAUACAUUGGUACUGGAAGAUCUGUUGAAGAAAUUAUGAAGGCAACUAAAACUGUUCUCCUCCAGAAGCCUGAUUCGUCCAAAGCUUUUGAUGCCUUUUUAGAGAAAAGGAAACCUGCUGCACAAUCAAUUGCAUCUCCUCUGACAACCAGAGAAGAAUUGGAAGGGUCUGAAAGUAGUGCUGCUGCUGCUGCUGCGGCGGCCGCUACGGCCACCGCCACUGCCGCCUCAACAACAAAUAACUCAGAAGACUCUCAUACAGAUAAUCAGAACUCUACUGCAAAUGCAAAUGGAGUUUCCGAACAAGAUGUGUGGUCUGCAGUGCAGGAAAGAGCACUGGUUCAAGCUUUAAAAGCCUUUCCAAAGGAAACUAACCAGAGAUGGGAGCGUGUCGCCACAGCUGUCCCUGGGAAGACUAUGAAUCAGUGCAAGAAAAAAUUUGCCGUGAUGAAGGAGAGUUUCAGGAGCAAGAAAAGUGCAGUUUAACUUAUAAUUUGUUGGAUUUGGCAUGAUGAGAUACAUAGGACAGGAGGCAAUACCAUACCUGUGGAGUUGCUUUUUAGAUUUUACAGCUAAAAUUUUUUAGGAGCUCGAACUCAGGAUAGGUUAGUUUCAUAUUCCUCCAUGUCCAUAGGAAUUGGUUCUGCCAUUUUCUUAUAUUAUUGCCUUCUUGAUACCCUAGUUUGAACUUGGAAUACAUUUAUGUUUACUUACUUGUAUUGAUUAUUAUGAGAGAGCAAACACCCCUUUGAUAUUUUAACCAUUUUUAA